AUGUUUAGGUCUCUGAUUCGGACACGAUCAUCACAGGCAUCGUCAUCUUCAGUCGUCACUAUGUCCUCAAUCGCUCAGAGAGGAAAUGAAAGGCUUUUGUCUGAAGCUGCUGGUUCACAUUCCACUGAUAAGAUAUUGGUUUUGGGAGGAAAUGGUUAUGUAGGUUCACACAUAUGCAAGGAAGCACUGAGACAAGGUUUCUCUGUAUCUAGUCUUAGCAGGUCUGGAAGAUCUUCUCUGCAUGAUACAUGGGUCGACGAUGUAACCUGGCAUCAAGGUGAUUUGCUUUCGCCCGAUUCUCUCAAGCCUGCACUAGAAGGAAUAACAUCUGUGAUCUCAUGCGUUGGUGGUUUCGGUUCUAAUUCUCAUAUGGUCAAAAUCAAUGGAACUGCAAACAUUAAUGCUGUUAAAGCUGCAGCAGAACAAGGUGUGAAAAGAUUUGUGUACAUAUCAGCUGCUGAUUUUGGAGUCAUAAAUUACUUAAUUCGAGGAUAUUUUGAAGGAAAGAGAGCAACUGAAGCUGAGAUUUUGGAUAAAUUCGGAAACAGAGGAACGGUUCUAAGGCCAGGAUUCAUACACGGGACUCGUCAGGUCGGCAGCAUAAAGCUGCCACUUAGUCUCAUCGGAGCUCCUCUCGAAAUGGUUUUGAAGCUGUUCCCAAAACAAGUGACAAAAAUUCCCGUUAUCGGACCGCUUUUAAUACCUCCGGUUAAUGUCAAAUCCGUCGCAGGAACCGCAGUAAAAGCUGCAGUUGAUCCCGAUUUCGCUUCUGGAGUCGUCGAUGUGUACCAGAUUCUUCAACACGGUCAUUGA